AUGAGACCUAAGAAGUCGAAACCGGUUCCGUCCGAGCCAGACUCGUCUGAAAGCCUAUACAUCCGGGCCACAGAAGAGGAAGAAUCGGGUGACCGUUGGCUGGGUUCUGACCUUGCGAAAGCGUUGAGAUUUUACCAAAGAGCAUACUCUUUGUAUCUGGAAUCAAUUAAGCUCCAACAGGACUAUCUGGACUCGAGGUAUAACGUUUCGCGACUGCUCUUCUAUGUUUACGAGAAUUUUGUGAAGAACGACGCCGUUUUGUUGGAUGAGUUUGAAAACUGCGACGAGGCACUUGCAGGAGGAGCUGCUUCCGUGGUCAGGCCUCUGGAUCAGAUCAUCUCUGUUUUCCAGGAAUCGAUCCAGAUAGCAGAAUCUGUGAGUGCUUUUCCGUGGGAUCUGUACUACAAUGCAGUCUUGUGUUUCCAAGACUUUAUCGAGGAUCUGGAGAAGAGCGACAACCAGACUUUUGGCGAUAUUGUUUCUUGCGCAGUCCAGAGUGUUGAAUAUCUGGAAAAGAUCUUGGAAUAUCAGGUUAAGGAACUCGAGUCACUAACAACGGGCUCGGAAAUAGAACAACCUACUCAACAGCAAGAGUACGAGACUCAGGAAGAGGCAAUUCUCCCGUCAACAGCGUUGGAGUCCUGCGCCACGGCAUAUCGAAUCAUAGGGUCUGUGUACGACUCUGCAAAAUCAGAGCACGAAAAACAAACGGUCGAGUCACAGUUUGGCCAGUUUGUACUUAUUGUCGACCAAAUAGUCGCUCAGUUAACGCAAAGCUACAGCAGCUCUAAUCUGCUGCCACCACUAUCGCCAGAGGACCUAACCCAGGUCCAUUACGCAAGGCUUGGCUACGAAUCUUCCAAGGCAAACAACUUCGAGACCCUUGUUCAGAUCUGGAACACUGAUAUGACCCUGGAAAAGUUGCUUUUGGAAAACGAGAGCUACAGGACCUUCUUGGAUAAGUCGGCAUUAUCACCGGUGGAACUUCGCACUGUUUUAGCAGCCAUUAGUAGUCGGUACAAACAGGGCUUUGACUUACUGAAAAGCGAGUUUGACAAUUCAAAACGAAACCUGUCUGCUAGUUCACAUCUCGGAAGCACGAUUGCUCAGAUCUGUUCAAUCCUCAUUGAACGCGCUGAUAUUGACCUUGAGCGCUCGAAACUCGAUGUGGUAGAUGAAAAAUCACGUUCCAUCUUAGCUUCAAAUGCGAACAAGCUUCUGAGAAACGCAAUCACCUACGCUCAAAUGUCCGGUGGUCUUCGAGAGAGCGCUCUAGAAAAGUUGGCGAGAAGAAAGAAAUUGAAAGAAGCAUCCACGCGGUUAUGUCUUUUAGAAGGUAAAGACUCCACCGAGGAGCUGGACAAGAUCGUGGGUGCAACUUUCUGGCCAAGAGAGUUGGCAGAGAUACGAGAGCUUGGGAUAUACUGA